AUGUCGGGGCUCUCCCUCCCGCGUCUUUUGGCCGCCACUUCCCUGGUGGUGCUUUGUGUGCUGUCUGUGGAUUCGAACACCACCUUGGCCCCUAACCUGACUACUACCACGAGUUUGACGCCCACCACCAAGAUAACGCCGACGAAAGUGCCGACCCCCACAACAGCACCAGAAACCUGUGAAAGCCACCACACCUGUGUCUCCUGUUUUAAUGCUAGCAUUGUCAAUACCACCUGCUUCUGGAUAGACUGUAAAGAAGCAAAUAAGAGCCAUUGUACACAUAAUUCAACAGCCGGUGAUUGCCACAUGGUGAAUAGCACAGAAUUCUGUUCUGAACCCACUGCCAUUCCAUUGCCAACCAAUUCUACAGCUAAAACCACAACUCUGCCUUCUACUACAGCUUCCACCACAGUUCCUACAUCAGGUACGACAAAUGCCACUUUGACUCCAACCUCACAACCUGGGCGGAAGUCUACCUUUGAUGCAGCCAGUUUCAUUGGAGGAAUUGUCCUUGUCUUGGGUGUGCAGGCUGUAAUUUUCUUUCUCUAUAAGUUUUGCAAAUCUAAAGAACGAAACUACCACACUCUGUAA